AUGGACGAGGCUGGGCCAAGUAGUCGCGGUCGUCGCAGAGGACGCGAACUUGCAAACGACGACGAUGAAGCGACGGCGGAGCGUCGUCGGGCCCCCAACUCGGCGAGCACGAAGAAAAAGAGUGACGCUGGCAAGAAGAGCGCGAAAAGAGGCUCAAAGAAAUUGAGCGAUGUGAAGAAGUCGGCUGUCAGUUCAAUUAAGGCAGCGCCGAAAAGGAAAGACAAUCUCGUGCAGUGCCUGAACAACAGUUUGUUGAGAGACGGAUCCAGGCGACCAGCACUUGGCAAGGUGAGCUGUAUACGAUCUGACCUCAAUGGUAUCAACUACUUUGAUUCGUCUAUAACUGUGCUUGUUCAGUUGAAGAGGCAGCUGCUGGCUCGGGAAGUGCUUGGCUUCACACUCCCCACUCUGCCCAUGCCAGAGUUCAACGAAUCGGCGCGAGUGACAUGUAUUCAGUGGCACCCAACUCGUCCGAACCUCCUUGCUGUGGGAUCCAAGAACGGCGAGAUUGUACUGUGGAAUGCCUGGGACACCAAGAAGACCGCUCACACACCGCCGACUGGUAGUGGCUCUAGCUGGGCAGCUAUCAAGUUUCAUCCUGAUACGGCAACACAGGUGUACACUGCCACGCUGCUCAGCAAAGUAAUGCUGCAGAACUUCGAAGGAGGCGACCCUCAGGUGUUCUGGGACACGGAGUCCGAGAGGGUGUGGUUUACAUCCUUGGACAUUUUGCAUGAGAGGAUGUUAUUAGCUGGAGACAACAUGGGCUGCGUUUAUGCAUUCAACACUACUGGCGAGUUGAUGUGGCCAGAACCUGUUCGUUUCCAUAAGGGCAAGGGUAAAUAUAUGGAGUUCGUGGGACAGGGCUCAGAUCUAUUGAUAACAGCAUCUGUGGACCACACAGUUCGCAUUUGGGAUGUGCGCAAGCUGGGUGGGGUCAAGGACUUCCUCAUAGAACGGCCACACACUCAGGGAGUGAACUCCGCCUUUGUGAGCCCAUCUGACCGCACCUCGCUGCUUACCACAGACCAGAAAAAUGAGCUGCGUGUAUAUCGAGGUCCUGCUUGGCGAGAACCGCUGAUAAUACCCCAUCCACAUCGUCAGUUCCAGCACCUUACACCCAUUCAGGCGAGUUGGCAUCCCAUGGAGAAUCUCAUUGUGGUCGGACGGUAUCCAGACAAGAACUUCUGUGCCAAUGACACUGUGCGUGGUAUUGACCUCUUUGAUGGCAUCACUGGCGAAUCGCUUGGAAAAGUGGAGGGAUCUCUGAACAUUACCGGCAUUUGCUCGCUUGCUGCUUUCAGUUGCACAGGCGAAAUUUUGGCCACAGGCACAGGUUUCCACUCAAUGAUCCUUCAAGCAGUUGUCGAAGAGUGAAAAUCUGCUGCCUGAAAAUUUGAAAUAUUUCAUUGAUGUUGAGCCAUCUACUGCCUGGAAAUCCAUCUCAGGGGAUAUUUUUAUAUUUUAUUGAUGAUUUUAUUGAUUAUUGAUUUUAUUAAGCCAUCUGUAUGAACUGUAAAUUUUUAACAUAAUGUAUAUAUUACAUAUUUCUGAACUGCGCUACA